AUGGAUCGAUUUUUAUUGAACAGUCAUAAUCGUUGUGUAGAGGAGGAAAGUAUACCCUCAACCAGUAACAGCCCGACUGUAAAAAAACGAAAAUAUCGGAAGUAUGAUGAUAGUUACUUGGAAUUUGGUUUUACUUCUACAGAAGUGAAUGGUGAAGAAAGACCAUUAUGUGUAUUGUGUAUGAAAGUUUUAGCACCAGAAUGCAUGUUGCCAAGUAAAUUGAAGCGCCAUUUGGAAACGAAUCAUAAGUAUGCGGUUGGAAAAUCUCGCGAUUACUUUGAUAGAAAGAGGAAAGAACUAAAACAGGAAAAAAGUAUAUUUUUUAAUAAUGCAUCAAUACCAAACAAUGCAUUGAUAGCCUCUUAUAAAGUUGCUUUUAGAAUCGCAAAAUGUAAGAAACCUCAUACAAUUGCAGAAGAGCUUAUCCUACCAGCUGCUUUAGAUAUGGUAAACAUUAUGAUUGGCGAAUCGGCUGGGAAAUUACUUUCAAAAGUGCCGUUGUCUAAUAAUACAAUUAGUCGCCGAAUUCACCAUAUGGCAGAUGAUCUCAAUGAUCAUGGUCUUAAAGAUUUUUUUUAUAAUUUUAGAAAUGAAGGGUUUGAGUCGUCAAAAAAAAUUGCGCAAAAUUUAUGUGAAGGCCUUGAUAUUCAAGCAGUUUUUAAACAAUCUAGAAUUAAAAAAAAAGUUAGGCAGUUCAAUUAUGAAAGCAAAGAUGCACGUCUAAAUUCAGCUGAGCAAACAUUUUACGAUGAUUAUUUUUUAGCCGUAAUAGAUCAAGCAAUCGUAUCAAUUAAUGAACGUUUUGAACAACUAUCUCAUCAUUCAGAAUAUUUUGGAUUUUUAUAUAAUAUUGAAAAUUUAAAAACAUUUGACGAAGAAACGUUAAGAAAACAUUGUAUGGAUUUAGAAAUUUUAUUAAAAGAUGGUGAAAAUAAUGAUAUAAAUGGUAUUGAACUUUUUGACGAAUUAAAAAUUUUUUGUAGAAUUUUGAACAAACAAAUGACUUCUAUAGAAUGUCUUAAUUUAAUAGAAACAACAUGUGGCUCAUUUCCAAACAUUUCUAUUGAAUUGAGAAUAUUAUUGACCCUUCCGAUAACCACAGCAAGCGCAGAGAGAAGUUUCUCCAAGUUAAAAAUCAUAAAAAAUUAUUUAAGGACAUCUAUGACACAAAAUCGUCUUUCUGAUCUAGCAAUUAUUUCAAUCGAACGUGAUCUGUGUGAAAAUUUAGAUUAUAACGAUAUUAUUGAAAAGUUUGCCGAAAUAAAAGCCAGAAAAAUUGAUUUUAUGUAAUUUAAAUUGUUUUAACGAAGGUCAGUUUAAA